UACAAUUUACAUUUUACAUUGACACCAUAAUAUACCAGUGAUACUUCAAAGUAAAAUUUGUUUAAUCCUAUUUUUUAAUAUUUUGAAUUUCGAUAUAAUAUCGUAACUAAUUUAAUUGGAUGAUAUCUAUUGAAUACAUAUUGUAUCGUUAAUGCUGAAUUAAUAAAUUUAUAUUAGGUAUUUUAACCAAAAAAACAUUGCCUUUUGGAAAAAUCAUUCGCAAGUUAACAAUGACUGAACAAGUAAAAGUUAAAGAGAAUCUUCUUACCAAUACCAAUGAUCAUGAAACACCCGAAAGAACAAAACCUUCCACAUCAAUACCUAGGUAUCAAAGUAAGACUGCAGAAAAUCAAUCAAGCAGUCCAAUGUUUUUACGGCCAUCAUUAUUACCAUCUUCGUCAUCAUUUAGAUUUGAUUUAAAUCUAAGAAAACCAGAUACUCCUAGACCUUCUAAGUCAUUUUCGUUAAAUCCAUCACGUUUAAGUUUGAACUCUUCAAUAUCCACUCCAAAACCUUCUAGUUCAACAGAUAACCAAGUUCCAAAUGAACCUGAGUCUGAAUCAGAAUCAUCACUGCCUAAAGCAGAAAUGCCUGUUAAAUCUCCACCAGUUGUAUUUGGUGCAGUUGUGCAAAAGAGUGUUACUCAUAAACCAAAAGAACUAUCUUUAGCUAGUGGUUUUGUAUUUGGCCAAAAUCUACAUGAACGUGUCGAAUUAAAUAAAGAGGCUGAUUCAACAUCAGAAGAUGAAAAAAAUACAAAUGAUACUCAAGAAGCUGAGGUUUCAUCUUCCUGUGUUAUUUCUCCAACAUUUGGAAAUGUUAAAAAUGAGGACAAUGGAGAGAAUGGUAAAAUAGAUGAAUCUGCGGAAGAUUCUAAAAGACGAUUAAUGGAAGCUGCCAAAGAAUAUGAAGAAUCACGUGCAGCAAAACGAAAAUAUGAAGAAGUAGACUGCAUGACGGGAGAAGAAAAUGAUGUAAAUGUAUUUCAACUAAAUGUGUGUAAAUUAUAUAUGUAUGACAAUUCCAAAUCCAAUUGGGUUGAAAAAGGCCGUGGACAACUUCGUGUAAAUGACAUGGAUGGAGGACAGUCGUCUAGAGUAGUUAUGCGCAAUAAUGGAAAUUUGAAAGUCAUAUUAAACACAAAAAUCUGGGCAGAUAUGAAAGUAGAAAGAGUAAGUGAAAAAAAUGUGCGAUUGACUGCAUUCGAAGAAGAUUCAAUUAAAGUAUUCCUUGUUCUGGGUCCUGCAAAAAAUAUGAAUGAAUUUGUAAAUAUUUUACAAACACGAAUUGAGAGACAUAAAGAAGCUGAUAAAAAAAAUAAUAUUUUAACCGAUGAAAAGAAAAAUGAAAAUAAAUUAGAUUAGAAAAUUAAAAUGAUCUAAUUUACUGUUAUUAAUUUUUUUUUUAUCAGAUAUUUUGAUAGAAAAAUUAAAUUUUUUGAUGAAAACAAUUUUAUUCAUUUUUUUACGUAAAAAGUAUUUUGUAUUUUUAAGUUAUUGAAUGCUGAAAAGAAAUUUUAAAUAAAAUUAAAUUUAUAUGAUGACAUGCAUGAAUCAAAAAUAUACUUCCCCCUUAAUGUGCUCAAGUUUUAUUUUUGAAGAAAAAGCUAUUCAGAUUCAUAAAUCUAUUUUACUUUCAAUUUUAUAUUUAUCUCAUUAAAAAAAAAAUGUUUUGCAUAACAUUAUUUAUCAUAAAUCGUUAAAACUCAGAAUAAUAGUAAAGAUUGUGCAUUUUAAUUUAAGUAUUAAUACUUAUACUUUGUAUGCAACUAUGGAUAGAAUUAAUGUCUCCUAUGUUCCUAAUUGUAAUAUUUUCAGAGUGAAAAUAACUGAGUAUAGUUUAUACUCACCAGUUGUUAUGUAUUAUUAUUACUAUGACAACUAGAUUUUAAUGUGUAGUGUAUAUAAUGAUGUAAGAAUUUAGGAGCAUGAAUUAAAAUUGUUAUUUUAUA